AUGCUACCACAUAAUCCCUGCUUCGCUACCCUUUUGGUAAACCUCAAUCGAUUCUGUCUGGCCCUCCUGUCAAUACCGUCAACCUCGUCCAACACUAACCAGGACGUCCGACGCGAGCUCGGGGGAUCGCAGUCGUACGACGUGGAGCGCAUCGUCGACCGACAACCCGCCCAACACCCCGUCAAGGUGGGGCAAAUUUCCGACCUUCGAGAGCGCCUCAACCUCUUGCAACCGCCGCCACCCGCCACGGACCUCGACGAAGGAUGCGAGAAUGGCCGUGAGGGAGGAUCCCUCGUCGACACCAGCAUGUGGGCGCGCACCUCCUUGGAGGAUUUCUUGUCCCUGACCCAAGAUGUUCCUACCUCUGCGAUCUUCGCCGUGCGGUACAAGCUUACCCCCAAUCGGCCGAGCCACCUGAUGGUUUUCGGCCCCGGGGACUUUCACUUGUGCUCAUGCUUACGGCUCCUGCAGCACGGCCUACCGUGCAGACACUACUUCGCAGUUCUUCUUAGCUUCAUCGGCGAGAAGGACUUGCCUGGGUCUGGCCACACCUUCAACGCCGCGUGUGUGCACAACCGCUGGAGACAGGCGCCCGACGUGGACGACGAGCCUUGGAGCGUCUCACUCGUGUUGGGAUCAGCAGGGCACGGCGGCGGCUGGGACGGGCUUCACGACAACGACAAUGACGUCGCCCCUACCUAUGACAACAAUGGCGAAAUGGAUGGCGCGCUUCCCCAGGAUGCGAGAAAGGUGGCCGAUCAGCGCCGAGCGUUUGCCACCAUGAUGGCAAAGAGUAAGGAAAAUGUCAGCGAGAUAUUGAGGUCGGUCAACACCGCCGAGGCCCUAGAGAUCCAGAGAGCGGUCGACGAGUGUGUUAAGUUCCAACUGACUAAGAGGCUAGGCAUGCUCGACGGUACUGCAAUAGGUCCCGGCAAUCCAGAGAUGGCCCCUAAGAAGGGGAGGCCGAAGGGUUCAACAAAGCAGGCUACCGGUACCAUCGGCCAAAGUAAAGCUAGAAGCAGAAACCCUGAGGGACAGAUGGGCACAACUCUUAAAAGACAAGAUUCAGGGAUUCGUACGGGCCUGGGUCUGGACGUGGGAGAAGAGCGAGGGGGGAUGGACAAUCGGCGAGUGGAAACGCCUCGUAGACCUGAGUAUGCUCGCGGCCGGUGUGCGGAUGGCGACGAUGGACUUCGGCUUACCUCGCCCAGUGUCGCGACGUUGGCACACUAA